AUGUGCAUUCUUCCAAGAGCUAUCGGGUUCCGCCUGAGGUUGUCACAGUUCAACCCUAUUAAAGUUGAGAACUCUACCCCGGCUUCUAGUUGCUACCAAAACCGGGACAAUGGGAGAGAGGAAUAUAGAAUGUUUCACCCCACACUUUCUGGUCGGCUAUACGGCAUCUGUAUUAUUGGUGGAACUAAAGCCUCUUCAAUGAACCUAAACAACUAA